AUGGCGGCGGCGGCGCUGGGGCGCGCGGCGGGCGGGGCGCGGCGCUGGCGGGCGCUGGCGGUGCCGCGGCGCGGCGGCGCGGGGCUGGCGGUGGACGACACGGUGAACGGGCUGAGCGCCGAGCAGCGCCAGCUUAGACAGACCAUGACAAAGUUCUGCCAAGAGCAUUUGGCUCCAAAGGCCCAACAGAUUGACCAGGAAAAUGAAUUCAAAGGCAUGCGGGACUUUUGGAAGAAACUUGGAGAACUGGGAGUUCUGGGAAUCACAGCCCCUGCGGAAUACGGUGGCUCUGCCCUGGGGUACCUGGACCACGUGGUGGUGAUGGAGGAGAUCUCCCGAGCGUCAGCGUCCGUGGGGCUCAGUUACGGGGCCCACUCCAACCUGUGCAUCAACCAGCUCGUGCGCAACGGCAACGAGGCCCAGAAGCACAAGUACCUGCCCAAGCUAAUCAGUGGGGAGCACAUUGGAGCCUUAGCCAUGAGCGAGCCAAAUGCUGGCUCUGAUGUUGUGUCCAUGAAGCUGAAAGCAGACAAGAAAGGAGACUUCUUUGUUUUGAAUGGGAACAAGUUCUGGAUCACCAACGGGCCGGAUGCGGACGUUCUCAUCGUCUACGCUAAAACCGACAUGAGCGCUGUCCCGGCCUCCCAAGGCAUAACUGCCUUCAUCGUGGAGAGGGGAAUGCAAGGUUUCAGGACAGCCCAGAAGCUGGAUAAGCUGGGAAUGAGAGGGUCUAAUACCUGUGAAUUGAUCUUUGAAGACUGCAAGGUCCCUGCUGAAAAUGUCUUGGGGACACUGAGCAAAGGAGUCUAUGUGCUGAUGAGUGGAUUGGACCUGGAGAGGCUCGUGCUGUCCGGGGGCCCCCUGGGGCUCAUGCAAGCUGUUCUUGACCAUGCAAUUCCAUACCUGCAUGUCAGAGAAGCAUUUGGACAGAAAAUUGGUCACUUCCAGCUCAUGCAGGGCAAGAUGGCAGACAUGUACACGCGGCUCAUGGCCUGCCGGCAGUACGUCUACAACGUGGCCAAAGCCUGUGACCAGGGCCACUUCAAUGCCAAGGACUGCGCCGGAGUGAUCCUGUACUCAGCAGAGUGUGCGACGCAGGUGGCCCUGGAUGGGAUCCAGUGCCUGGGUGGGAACGGUUACAUCAAUGAUUACCCUAUGGGGCGCUUCCUGCGCGACGCCAAGCUCUACGAGAUCGGGGCGGGCACCAGCGAGGUGCGCAGGCUCGUCAUCGGCAGGGCCUUCAACGCCACCUUCAAGUAAUGCCACCACUCAGAGGCAGCACCACGACCACCAUGAGGCCUUGACUGUGAGACUGGAGCGCACAACUCGGCUUCUUCCUGCCUGCCAUUCCAGCUUUGUCACUUGUGGAGUCCCCUCUGCCUGCUCUGGGAACAGAUGCUGCUGGACUGGCUUGGACAAAAUGAAUCAGAGGGUACAUGGAAGAAGUGUUUUUUCUCUUUUGUGAUCAUCCUGAUUCAUGGUGUUCAUGAGCUAUUGAUUCUCAAUUUUGCAAGGCAGACAUUCAUCCCCCCCACCAGGCAGGCUGGCAAGGGGUGUGCAGCCACUGCAGACAGAAAGUCAAGCCAAACCCACCAAAAUGGACAAUAAGGGAACAACUUUGUUCUUACCAAAAAGCCUUUAGUGCCAUUAAACAGUUAGGAUUUAGCAUAUUGCCACUGGAAGGUGAAACUUCCUGCUGUGACCUUCCAAUGUGAUUAUACCUUCCAUUUUGGGAACCUGACACCAAUCACAUUGAGGGGUUGCUAUCAUGAGCACUUAAAGUCAUCUGUGCACAAGCAGCGUUUUAGGUGCUGAUUCCUAAAACCUCCUUAAAUCCCAUGUGUGUUGCUUUGCAGAAUUCCUUUCCUAUUUGCAGCUUUCCUAUUCUGGCUGCUUCUGGAGUUAUUUGGGUGCAAGCCCAAGUCCUUGCUGCGCUGACUGACUGCUCCCACCAGGUCAUUCUCUCAGAGUCGUCACCAUCCGUCACUCUGGGGACAAGUUAACACAUCAGAGCUGUGUUGUGCCAUCUGUGAAUGAAGCAGGCAGAAAGAGCUGAUUUCUUUGGAGUUUGGUUCCCUCUGAAGGUUGUUGUUUUUGUUGUUUUGGCCAAGCCUGUCCUCACACUCCAACUCUGGGCAGCUGAGCAAUGUGUUUGUGAGUUAUCUCAGUGCAUCUUGUAUCCAGCAAAUCACGGCUUAUCCAGCUUUUUAAAGGGAAUUGCCCAGUGUCCUGCCAGCCUUUAAGUGUGAAUCAGAAAUGGAAAUGGGCUGCUGGAAAUGUGAUUGAACAGUUGAUUGAACAGUUAAUUAAACCGUUGCCAUGUAGGCAGUUCCCAGCAGUUUUAACAAAA